ACUUCAGAUCAGAAGAUGAGUGAUGUGGAGGAAGAGGAGGACGGAGCAGAGUCUCUAGUAUCUGGCUGUCAGUCUAUGAAGAGUGACCGGUCAAUAGAACAUCCUCCCCUCUUCAGUAAUGAACCUGGACCCUCAGACACAAAACUGACUUCAGAUCAGAAGAUGAGUGAUGUGGAGGAAGAGGAGGAUGGAGCAGAGUCUCUAGUAUCCGGCUGUCUGUCUAUGAAGAGUGACUUUUCCAAAGACGAACCUCCGUUCUUCAGUAAUGAACCUGGACCCUCAGACACAAAACUGACUUCAGAUCAGAAGAUGAGUGAUGUGGAGGAAGAGGAGGAUGGAGCAGAGUCUCUAGUAUCCGGCUGUCUGUCUAUGAAGAGUGACUUUUCCAAAGACGAACCUCCGUUCUUCAGUAAUGAACCUGGACCCUCAGACACAAAACUGACUUCAGAUCAGAAGAUGAGUAAUGUGGAGGAAGAGGAGGACGGAGCAGAGUCUGUAGUAUCCGGCUGUCUGUCCAUGAAGUCCAAAGAACCUCCUCUACUCUUCAGUAAUGAACCUGGAUCCUCAGACACAAAAAAGAGGAGAGAGAAGAUGAGUGAUGUCUCUGAUGAGGAGCAGCUGUCCAGAUCCAGAACCAGAGCUGGGCUGCAGUCAGCCGGUCAGACCUACACUGUACAAAUGAGUGGUGGUCAGCGUGAAUAUAAGAACCGUCUGAAGACGACAUGUGAAUGUGUGACUGAAGGAAGUGAUACAAGAGGUGAAACUCCCCUCAACAGGAUCUACAUUGCGCUCUACAUCACAGAUGGAUGGAGUGAAGAUGUUAACACCCAACAUGAGGUUUGGCAGCUUGAGACAGCUUCCAAGAUGGAGACCCUCCAUAAAACGGCAAUCGAGUGCAGCGACAUCUUUGAAGCCUUACCUGGCCAACAGAAACACAUCAGAGUCGUUCUGAUGCUCGGCGUUGCUGGCGUCGGAAAAACCUUCCUAGUGCAGAAGUUCUCUCUGGACUGGGCCGAGGGUUUGGAAAACCAAGAUAUCAGUCUGGUGAUCCCUCUUUCGUUCAGGGAGCUGAACUUGAUCAAAGAUGAGCAGUACAGUCUUCUGGAGCUGCUCCGUGUUUUCCAUCCAGCGUUACAGGAGGUCACAGCAGAGCAGCUCGCUGGCUCUAAAGUUCUCUUCAUCUUUGACGGCCUGGAUGAAAGCAGACUUUCACUGGAUUUCAACAACAACGAGGUUGUUUCUGAUGUCACACAGAAGUCAUCGAUCAACGUGCUGUUGACAAACCUCAUCGAGGGGAAGCUGCUUCCCUCGGCUCUCUUCUGGAUAACUUCCCGACCUGCGGCAGCCAAUCAGAUCCCUCCUGCGUGUGUGGACAGGGUAACAGAAGUACGAGGCUUCACUGACGCCCAGAAGGAGGAGUACUUCAGGAAGAGAGUCAGUGAUGAAGAGCUGUCCAGCAGAAUCAUCUCCCACAUCAAGACAUCCAGGAGCCUCCACAUCAUGUGUCUGAUCCCAGUCUUCUGCUGGAUCACUGCUACAGUUCUGGUCCACAUGUUGACUACAGACCAGAGAGGAGAGCUGCCCAAGACCCUGACUGACAUGUACGCACACUUCCUGCUGGUUCAGACAAAGAGGAAGAAACAGAAGUAUGAUGAGGGACACGAGACGAGUCCACAGGAGCUGAUGGAGGCUGACAGGGAAGUUCUUCUGAAGCUGGGGAGGCUGGCGUUUGAACAGCUGAAGAAAGGAAACAUCAUGUUCUACCAAGAAGAUCUGGAGCGCUGUGGUCUGGAUGUCACAGAGGCCUCUGUGUACUCAGGAAUUUGUACAGAGAUCUUAAAAAGGGAGAGUGUGAUCUUCCAGAAAACAGUCUACUGCUUCGUUCAUCUGAGUGUUCAAGAGUUUCUGGCUACAGUCUAUUUCUACCACUGUUACACCAACAGGAACACAGAGGUACUGAAGGACUUCCUGGAGAAAGACCAGAACAGUGACUCAUUUCAGUAUCUAUACCUGACUGAGGAGGAUCUUGUUCAUGACAUUGACUCAUCUUUGGAUGUCUUCCUGAAGAGAGCCAUGGAGACAUCCCUUGAAAGUAAGAAUGGCCACCUGGACCUGUUUGUCCGCUUCCUUCAUGGCCUCUCUCUGGAGUCCAACCAGAGACUCUUAGGAGGCCUGCUGGGUCAGACAGACAACAGUCCAGAAGUCAUCCAGACAGCCAUCAACAACCUGAAGGAAAUGAGCAGUUAUUAUAGCUCUCCUGACAGAAGCAUCAACAUCUUCCACUGUCUGACAGAGAUGAAUGACAGCUCAGUCCAUCAGGAGAUCCAAGAGUUCCUGAAGUCAGAGAACAGAUCAGAGAAGAAACUCUCUGAUAUCCACUGCUCAGCUCUAGCCUACAUGCUGCAGAUGUCAGAGGAAGUUCUGGAUGAGUUGGACCUGAGGAAGUACAACACAUCAGCGGAGGGACGACUGAGACUGAUUCCAGCUGUGAGGAACUGCAGAAAGGCUCGACUUUCUGACUGUGUACUCUCUGAGAAUCACUGUGAAGUUGUGGCCUCAGCUCUGAAGUCCAACCCCUCCCAUCUGAGAGAGCUAGACCUGAGUUUUAACAGGUACAUGAAAGAUUCAGGAGUGGAGCGGCUACAGGCUGGAUUGAAGAGUCCACACUGUAUACUGGAGAUUCUGAGAUUGACUAACUGCGAGCUGUCCGAUAUCAGCUUUGCGUAUGUAGCCUCAGCCCUGAAGUCCAACCCCUCCCAUUUGAGAGCGCUGGAGCUGACAGGAAACAGGCUGCAUGAUUCAGGAGUAAAGCAGCUAUGUCAUUUUCUGGAGAGUCCACCCUGUAGACUGGAGACUCUAAGAUUGUGGAGCUGCAGUGUGUCAGAGAUUGGCUGCGCUUCUCUGGUCUCAGCUCUGAAGUCCAACCCUUCCCAUCUGAGAGAGCUGGAGCUGAGUAACAACAAGCUGCAGGAUUCAGGAGUGAAGCUGCUGUCUCAUCUUCUGGAGAAUCCAGACUGUAGACUGGAAGCUCUGAGAUUGAGGGGCUGCGGUUUGUCAGAUAUCAGCUGUGCUUAUCUGGUCUCAGCUCUGAACUCCAACCCCUCCCAUCUGAGAGAGCUGGAGCUGGGCUACAACAAGCUGCAGGAUUCAGGAGUGAAGCAACUGUGUGGUUUUCUGGAGGGUCCAUCCUGUAGACUGGAAUGUCUGAGAUUGUGGGAGUGCAGUUUGUCAGAGAUCAGCUGUGCUUCUCUGGCCUCAGCUCUCAAGUUCAACCCCUCCCAUCUGAGGGAGCUGGACCUGGGCGACAACAAGUUGAAGGAUUCAGAAGUGAAGCUGCUGUCUGAUCUAAAGGAGAGUCCACACUAUAGACUGGAGACUCUGGAGAAAUAAAGAUGGAUUACAGCGGACAGCAUCACAACAUACAGAUACAUCAAACUAUCCAACCAUCAAAUCUGAUCUCAAAGUGUUUGUUCUCUCAUUUCAAUACUAAACAACUGAUCAGUUCAUCUUUGUCACAGCUCCGACAUCAGUCUGACUGAAGCCUGCAAAUCAUUGGCUCUAAUUUAAUAGAAACAGUGUUACAUUUAGUAACCAUGUGGUCUUUAUAUAGACCAGAACCUCUGCUGAAGUCCAGUAAACACAGUGGAGGUUUUACUGUUCAGUCUUUGUAAUGUCAGACCUUUAAUAUAAUAUGUACAUCUGUCCUUAUGCCAUUUGUUUUGUCCAAAUAUUUUCCUAACAGACUCUAUAUUUACUUAUUUUUCAUGUAAUAUUUAAAAGUACAAUAAAUAUUGAGAUGUUUUUUACAGCUUUGAACCCAACAGCAGUAAAUUUAUUAUUAAAGUGAGCAGUGAAUGUCUCUCUGUUUCUGCAGAAAUUAUGUGUUCAGGACUCUCAGCAGUGCAUUUCCACUGUGUACUUAAGUGAAAUCUGCAGAGCCAACAGACUUGAUGCCCAAAGUCUCUGUAGGUCUGUGAGCUUCACUUCAACAUGUUAACAUGAGAGCUGAAAGGAAGCAGGCUACACUACACAGCCGCUCCACUUGUGGUCUGAACAAGUCCUUACUGGUCUUUAUACUGGAUGUGCUGCAUCACUGACAGACAGCUGAUGAACGGAGUCUCUGUUAACACAAAUUUAUCACUUCUGUUGUCUUC